GGGGCUGUGACCCCGCCCUCGGCCGCGCCCGCGAGGCUCCGGGCGCCCGGGAACUGGAGCAGCCUGGGUCUGGCAAGCUCCUCACAGGGUGACUCGCCCGGCGAGAACUGGCGCGGGCCAACGGGAAAGGUUUGGGUCUACUGUGAGGAAAGGGCACUGAACUGUAGCAGACGCAAAAGGCGGCUCGAGGCGCGGUCGGGACAGGGUUUGUAAGGACGCGGGAGGCAUCUGAGGAAGAGCAGUGGGGUGAGCGCCUCCCCCGGAGUAGGGCGCGGCACGCAGAGCCGGGCCGCCGGUCGCCGCUUCCAGCCGCGCCCCGACCCGGAAGUGCUGUUGCGUCUGCUUCCGGGGCAGGCUGUCGCGCCGCGGCCGCAGGAAGGCGGCCAUUUUCCGUUCCUGCUGAGCUGAGGCCCCGGAGGGCGAGAAAGGAGCAGGAGAGGGCCGGGCUCGCGCCUCCCUGCCGGGCGGAGCGGAAGGGAAAGAAGGGAAGUCUCGGGCGGGCGGCCGCGGAGGCCCCAGGAGAUGUUCUCCCUGCCGAGCACGGUCCAGCCCCAGGUUACAGUUCCUCUCAGUCAUCUUAUCAGUGCCUUCCAUUCACCAAAACCUGUAUCUGUUCCCGUCAAUACAUCAGUUUCUCAAAACAAGCAUCGAGAUGUAGUUCCUGAGCAUGAGGCUCCCAGCAGUGAGCCUACACUUAAUUUAAGGGACCUUGGACUGUCUGAAUUAAAAAUUGGACAGAUUGAUCAACUGGUAGAAAAUCUACUUCCCGGAUUUUGCAAAGGCAGAAGUGUUUCUCCCCACUGGCACACGUCUCAUGUCUCUGCACAGUCCUUCUUUGAAAAUAAAUAUGGUCACUUAGAUAUGUUUAGUACUUUACGUUCCUCUUGCUUGUUUCGACAACACCCAAGAACUCUUCAGAGCAUUUGUUCAGAUCUACAGGCCUGGCCAGUUUUUAUACAGUCUCGGGGUUUUAAAACUUUGAAAUCAAGGACACGACGUCUGCAGUCCACCUCUGAAAGAUUAGCAGAAACGCAGAAUGUAGCGCCAUCAUUUGUGAAGGGGUUUCUUUUGCGGGACAGAGGAUCAGAUGUUGAGAAUUUGGACAAACUUAUGAAAACUAAAAACAUACCUGAAGCUCAUCAGGAUGCAUUUAAAACUGGUUUUGCAGAGGGUUUUCUGAAAGCUCAAGCAUUGACACAAAAAACCAAUGAUUCCCUAAGGCGAACUCGGCUAAUUCUCUUUGUUAUAGUGCUAUUGGGCAUUUAUGGACUCUUAAAAAAUCCAUUUUUAUCUGUCCGCUUCCGGACAACUACAGGGCUUGAUUCUGCAGUAGAUCCUGUUCAGAUGAAAAAUGUCACCUUUGAACAUGUUAAAGGAGUGGAGGAAGCUAAACAAGAAUUACAGGAAGUUGUUGAAUUCUUGAAAAAUCCGCAGAAAUUUACUGUACUUGGAGGAAAACUUCCAAAAGGAAUUCUUUUAGUUGGACCACCAGGAACAGGAAAGACACUUCUCGCCCGAGCUGUGGCAGGAGAAGCUGAUGUUCCUUUUUAUUAUGCUUCUGGAUCAGAAUUUGAUGAAAUGUUUGUGGGUGUUGGAGCCAGCCGAAUCAGAAAUCUUUUUAGAGAAGCAAAAGCAAAUGCUCCUUGUGUUAUAUUUAUUGAUGAAUUAGAUUCUGUUGGUGGAAAGAGAAUUGAGUCUCCAAUGCAUCCAUAUUCAAGGCAGACUAUAAAUCAACUUCUUGCUGAAAUGGAUGGUUUUAAGCCCAAUGAAGGAGUAAUCAUUAUAGGAGCCACAAACUUUCCAGAAGCAUUAGAUAAUGCUUUAAUACGUCCUGGCCGUUUUGACAUGCAAGUCACAGUUCCAAGACCAGAUGUAAAAGGCCGAACAGAAAUUUUAAAAUGGUAUCUCAAUAAAAUAAAGUUUGACAAGUCUGUUGAUCCAGAAAUCAUAGCUCGAGGAACUGUUGGGUUUUCUGGAGCAGAGUUGGAGAAUCUUGUGAAUCAAGCUGCAUUAAAGGCAGCUGUUGAUGGAAAAGAAAUGGUUACCAUGAAGGAACUAGAGUUUUCCAAAGAUAAAAUUCUAAUGGGCCCUGAACGAAGAAGUGUGGAAAUUGAUAACAAAAACAAAACCAUUACAGCCUACCAUGAAUCUGGUCAUGCUGUUAUUGCAUAUUACACAAAAGAUGCAAUGCCAAUCAACAAAGCUACAAUCAUGCCACGUGGGCCAACUCUUGGACAUGUGUCUCUGUUGCCCGAGAAUGACAGGUGGAAUGAGACCAGAGCCCAGCUACUUGCACAGAUGGACGUUAGCAUGGGAGGAAGAGUGGCGGAGGAGCUUAUAUUUGGGACUGACCAUAUUACAACAGGUGCUUCCAGUGAUUUUGAUAAUGCAACAAAAAUAGCUAAGCGGAUGGUUACCAAAUUUGGAAUGAGUGAGAAGCUUGGAGUUAUGACUUACAGUGACACAGGGAAACUGAGUCCUGAAACUCAAUCUGCCAUUGAACAAGAAAUAAGAAUCCUUCUAAGGGAGUCAUAUGAAAGAGCAAAACAUAUCUUGAAAACUCAUGCAAAAGAGCAUAAGAAUCUAGCAGAAGCUUUAUUGACCUAUGAGACUUUGGAUGCCAAAGAAAUUCAAAUUGUUCUUGAGGGGAAGAAGUUGGAAGUGAGAUGAUAACUUGACACGGAUGCACUGCUGGCUUUAUUGCGAGAACAUAAGUCAUUGCAGCAGUCUUUCACACUGCUUCCCCCUCAUCCUUGCCUUGGGAUGAUAAGUGCAGGGCACUUUGUCAGCUUUUUGUCACAGUGUCUUACUUUGCUUACUCCCAUGAUGACAUCUAUUGCAGAUGAGCAACCUACUGCAAGUAUGUUUUACAAAAUAAAGAACUAUUAGGAUUAGAAAUAGCUUGAGAAAUGUCAAUCAGUUAUUAUGAUGAAAGUAAAUAAUGAUUUUAUCAUUGUUUACUCCAUGGUUAUGAAUUAAAAGUUGUACCUUUAGCUCCUGGUAAGUAUUUUUAAUUUGCAGGCUGAUGUUAAGAAUUAUUAUCUCUUGAUAGUAACAUUUCUUUUCUUUUUGGUACCAAGGAUCGAACUUGGGAUCUUGUUGUGCCUGCGAGGCAGGCAGCAGAACCACUGAGCUAAAUCCCCGGCCCAAUAACAUUUCUUUUUGGUAAAGAAGUGAUGCUUUUUUUAAACCAUCCACCCCCAGACCCCAUUGGUGGUACUGAUUGAAUCCAGGCCUCGAGCUUGCUAGGCAGGUGCUCUACCACUGAGCUCUCAGCCUUUUUUAAACUUUAUGUUGAGACAAGGUCUUUCUAAGUUGCCCAGGCUGACAUUGAACUUGUGAUUCUUCUCCCUCAGCCUCCUAAAUACCAGGAAUUAUAAUCACACAUCACCACAGUUGAGUGUAAAUCUUGUUUUUACAUCUGUCAUGGAAAUGUCAUUCAGAUGCAAUGAAUUAUGCCACAGGUUGCCCACAUAUAAAAUGUUUUCUAAAGCAUGCAAGAGUAGAGAAUUAUAAACACAAAGAUAAAUCAGAAUUUAAAUGAUUAUAACCUUUUAAAAGUACAACAUGCAUGUUCAUAUCCUUUUUUUUUUAAGAUUACUGUCAUGAUGAAUGAAGUUUAUUUCAAAGCAACAGUAUUUUGUUAAAUAAACAAGUUAACUUUAUUCUGAAUAAUUUUAUAAUUAGGCUUAAUCUCAAAAGCAAAAUUAAACCAAAAACCCAUUCUCCUUCAAAAUGAGCUUUUGAGUCACCCUGGGUUAGAAAUGGAAGGAUGUGUUUAUUUUUCAUCCUGAUUUUGUGAUUAUGAACACAGGAUUAUUACAGGAUUUACUGUGAGUUUUUAGAGUCCAUCGUGUUGCUUUUACACUCAUUUCCUUGAAGCGAUUUUAUUAAAGUUAACUACAGUUUUCUAAUAACUUCAGCUGCAUAUGGUCUUUGUUGAAGAAGAUGGAUGAGUUAAUUAUGUGAUUCUUGACCUUCUUUUGGUAACCUUAAAUUUCUUUGUGAUUUCAAACUGAGAAACAUUGCCAGAAUAAUACAGGGACACCCUUGAUUCAGAU